AUGCAGUUUCAGAUGUUUACCAAGACUUGUUUUGGGGUGUAUAUGCAAAUGCAUGCUUGUUCUGUUCAAGCACAACUAGUUAGGAGCUUUAUGUCUUUGGAGUUGGAAGAAAGUUCAAAAGACGCUCUGGUGAUAUAUGUAAAUGGAUCGACACUUCGAUUUUUGCUUAGGAAAUAUGCAAUUAUAACAGGAUUAAAUUAUGUUGCUAAUGAAGAUAAUUUUGUGAUUGAAAAUAAAGAGCCUAACCGGAUUGUUUCCUGGUAUUUUGGAGAAUGGGGUGAGGGUAAUGAUGAUGAUGCUGUUAAGAUUGCUAUAUUGUAUUUCAUUAAUACCUUCAUUUUUUCUGGCGAGAAGCAUUGUGUAUCUGUCCCUAAGAUUCACUUUCAUUUGGUUGAGAAUGGUAAAUACAAGGAUUGUCCAUGGGGUAAAAAAACUUUUAAGGACUUAGUGAAGUCUAUUUCCAAAAAGAUGGAUGCUCAGAAACAGUACUAUAGAAUUCAUGGUAUGCCACUUGCCAUGCAAGUUUGGCUUUAUGAGUAUUUCUCUGUUGUUGAUCCAAAAACUAUUGUCAAACAUGGUAGUAGAAUUUCAAGAUUACUCAAUAGGGAGACCACUGAUAGACGUCCUCAUUUUAAGGCUUUCAUUGAAGGAAUGUUAGCUGAUGUUGUAUACAAAAAUAUAACAGCUACUUCAAGAGAAAUGGCAAUUUUACAAUUGCCUUGUGUAAAUGCUGUAGAAGAUACAACCUCAGAUGAUAUUUCUUCUGAUGAUAAUUUUCAAGAUGCUCCACCAGCUACUGAAAAAAAUAAUGGAAAGAAAAAAACAAAGAAAGGUGUAACUCAAAAGACUGUUCCUCAAAGGACAAUUCCUAAGCAGCCGUCUAUCCUAGAGAAAAGAAAAUCUGUUGUCAAGCCUCCAGUUAAACCCAAACCAUCCAAUGUUCCUACUGAUGUACCUUCCAGUGGCAAGUCGGAUGAAAAAUCCAUUUUGGCUAAACAAUUUGUCAUUUUUCAGGAAUCGAUGAAGGCUGAGAUUGGUGAUCUGCGCAAGUUGAUAACUGACAAUUUCAAGAGUGUUAUGAAAUCUAUCAAAUCAAUCAAAAUUGCUGAAAAAGGUCUUAAUAUUGAAGCUGCAGCUGACAUACCUACGGCUCCUCAAUUGUCACCCCAACAUAUUAAUGCUGUUUGUUUCAGUGUUCCAAAUAAGUCUGAUACAUCUAUGGUUGUGCUACAACGGGGUGACAAUGUUGAAGUUGUGGAAGAUAUAUCUGUUGUUUCUCAACCGUCAUCUCAGCAUAUUGGCACUGACCGUUCUAGUACUCCAAAGCAGGGUGAUACUUGUAGCAUUGAGCUACAACAUAAAAUACGUGACACAUAUAUUAGUCCAUCAUAUUUUGUUGUUGAGCCGGAUGAUGACAUACAAUUUAAUGAGGUGCCAAAGAAAAAAGAGAUUCUUGAAGAAAAUCCACAUCAAAUGCAUACAAGUGAUGAUCAAGUGAUUGAGGAUGAUGUUGCUACAUUAAGACGGGAGACUGAAUCACAAUAUGAGAUCCCUGAUGAGCUCUUACUAAGCUUAAACGUGGUAAAAAGUACUUCUGCGAAUGCAGCAUGUGAUUCACCCAUAUUGAACAAAAAAUAUUCAUUUAACCUUUUAUUGACAGAUUCGUCUAUUGAGAACAACAAGGACAGUGAAGAUCAUUUCGGGAAGCAUAAAUUAGACAUUCUGAUUCCGUUGCAGUUUGGUGUAGAAGUUGUCAAUGAUAAGAAUUGGUUCUACAAACUAUCUUUUCCAGGGCAAUUAUUGAAUGAUAUACACAUUAAUGUCAUAUUGUAUUACUUGCGCAAAAAAGGAAAGUACCGUCCUCCAAGUAACUACUCUUACACAACUAUUGAUUGUGUAUUCAAGAUCAAAGUAGCAGAAUUAUGGGAGAAGUAUGUAGACCCACAAAGUUGUACAUCUUCUGUGUGUGAAGAAUAUGUUGUAUGUGAAUACAUGAAUGGAUAUACAUUGAUGGCUGUGUCGUUCUUAGAUCGGUGUUUAUAUGUUUACAACUCGUACAACUCUGCAAUCCAUGAUGUGUAUGUCAAAGCAGAGGUGCAAAAGUUUGCAGAGGUUAUACCUUCUUCCUUUUUGAACAUCGACUUCUAUAAGAAGAAAAUAGACAUUGAUUGA